AUGGCGACAGCAGGACGUUCCCGCUCAGUCUUCGCGCGCGACGAAACACAAGCAUUCCUCGCAAUAAUUAGCGAGCUAAACAUUAGUGAGCUCCUCGACUCUAGGCGUCAGAGGAAUCAAGUACAUUUCGAAAGGGUUCAAAAAGAAAUGGAGGUUCUCGGGUACAAAUGGACCUGGCAACAGUUGCGUACCCACUGGAAAAACUUAAAGUCUAGGUACAACAAGGAACGAGCCGCGCAAGAAAAGAGCGGGGCAGCUCCGUCCACAUGGACUUGGUUCAGCGAGAUGAACGCACUCCUGGCCCACCGCCCGAUGGUCGAAGCGAGGGAUUACGGGAUAGACAGCAACGCCGAAUACCCCGACGAUAGCCAAGGAGGUAGGAGUGAGCCCGAGGAUGAGAGUAACCUGGAGAAUCAAGGAUUUUCCUGUUCAAUUGAAAGCAGCUCCUUGUCCUUCGCGCAACCAAGAAGCAGGUCAAGACGCAGCAGGAAUGUGGAACUAGGAGAACUGCUGGCUGAGCAACACAGACGAAAUGCAGAGCAGCUGCAGCAGCAUGCAGAUAGAAUGUUUCAGCAGCAAAAAGAACUCCUAGAGGAAGAAAGACAACACAUGGAGAGAGUUGUGUCUGGCAUAAGCACGUCAUAUCUCCAAGGCAUGCAACUCGUGUUAAACCAAAUGAACAUGCAAUCUCGCCCGUUUGCCUUCCAGCCUCCUCAGCCCUUCACACCACCGGCGACUCAGGCUGCACCUGGACAAGGAAACUUCUUUCAAUGCCCCAAUGUUGCUGCACAGUCUCCUCGAAACGUUACUGAACAGCAGCAACAAAAUCAUAAUUAAAGUAUGCUUAUAAUGGGCAGAAGUGCUAAAAGGACCAUCACAGAACAUACAGGAACUGAGAGGACAGAGCACUCGCUUCCAACGAAGUUUAAUCCAACAUGGCCGUGACCACUAUGUUCUGUUAGUCAUCCUUUUAGCACUUUUACCCCACUAUGAAUCUCUACCAACAAGCCCAAAGACAAAUGUUAGUAAACU